CUGUACUCCGCCAUAUUGAGAUUUGCAAGAACGCGCUGGGUACCGUGUAUCCACAACACAAAAUCACGAGAAAAUGACCCAGAUGGUUCAGUCCAACGGGGUCCAGCCCCUCAGUAAGACGUGGGAGCUGAGCUUGUAUGAGCUCCAAAGAACGCCACAGGAGGCAAUCACAGACAGCCUGGAGAUUGCUGUGUCCCCCCGCAGCCUGCACAGUGAGCUGAUGUGCCCCAUCUGCCUGGACAUGCUGAAGAACACCAUGACCACCAAGGAGUGCCUGCACCGCUUCUGCGCCGACUGCAUUAUCACCGCACUGCGGUCGGGGAACAAGGAAUGCCCGACCUGCAGGAAGAAGCUGGUGUCUAAGCGCUCCCUCCGCCCAGACCCAAACUUCGAUGCCCUGAUCAGCAAGAUCUACCCCAGCAGAGACGAGUACGAGGCACACCAAGAGAGGGUCCUGGCCCGCAUCAGCAAACACAACAACCAGCAGGCCCUCAGCCACAGCAUCGAAGAGGGCCUGAAGAUCCAGGCCAAAAAGCGGCGGAACGGGGUGAGGAAGCAGCUGAUGGAGAACGGCAGCGGGGCGGAGGACAACGGCGACAGCUCGCACUGCAGCAACGCCUCAGUGCACAGCAACCAGGAGGCGGGGCCCAGCAUCAAGCGCACCAAGACCUCGGAUGACUCGGGCCUGGACAUGGACAACUCGGCGGAGAACGGUGCGGGCGAUGCCGCCCUGGACGGAGCCAGCGAGAUCGAACUGGUCUUCCGGCCGCACCCAACGCUGAUGGAAAAGGAUGAGGCGGCACAGACCAGGUACAUCAAGACAUCAGGCAAGGCCACAGUGGACCACCUGUCCAAGUACCUAGCGGUGAGGCUGGCCCUGGAGGAGCUCCGCAAGAGCGGGGAAGCCAGCCCAGUCACCGUGGAGGCGGCCAGCGAGAAGCAGUACACCAUCUACAUCCCUACCGCCGGCAGCCAGUUCACGGUCCUGAAUGGGUCCUUCUCCCUGGAGCUUGUGAGCGAGAAGUACUGGAAGGUCAACAAACCCAUGGAGCUGUACUUUGCCCCAACCAAGGAGCACAAAUAGGCCCAGCAUGGAAAGGGGACGGGCCGGACUGACGCUAACUCCACCUACUCCACCCGUCCAAUCCGCUUGUCUCAGAAGCGCCUGCUUUUGGAUAACGAUGGCUGCUUUAAUUUUUUUAAAUCGUCUUUUGUAGGGGAAAGGGCUUGGGGUGGGCUACUUCUUGGAGGGCUGUGCCAGUUUUUUGUUUUUUCUAUCCCUGUAUAUACAUACCGUUUUUUAACGUCCAAAUCAAUCACUCUUUUAGUUUGAAAAUAAUUCAAACUGCCCCCCCCCCUUGCAGAGGCUGUGGAGCCUUAAAGAUUAAUCAGAUGUUGUUUGGAGGUCACAUGAUCACAAUGAGCAUUGUUGGUUUUACCACUGAACGAUGAGGACAAUUUACGUUUUGUUUGUUGUGAUCUGUGGUUGCCUUUUUGCGCGGGAGCAAGGUUCAAAUGCCAGCUCUUAUGGAAGAGCGCAUGGAUUUUUAAUCAGCCGCUUUCCCUUGAAGUGAACAUUCUCGCAUUUGGCACCAUCAACCACCGAUUAAAUACACCUGGCUUUUGGAAUAAGAAAGAGAUGCACCUUGACCCCAUCUGAAGAAUCUUCACUGAUUUCAGGUCAAAGCAGUCUACAGCCUUUACCAUUGACCAUAGCCUGACGGAGAAAUUGCCCUUACAUUUGUUUCAUUUUCAGGGAAGAGCCAUUUUUAGUGUGUAACACCAUCUGGUUAUUCCAACAGACUGAUGUGCCCAAAGAAUUGUAGUACUUUCAGACUGAAGCGUGUUUGUGUUAACAUGCAACAGAAACAGCUACACAUCACCCAAUGUGAUCAGCAGAAGUUAAAUAUUGAACUCUUGCACAGAUGACAUUCAUGAGCUUUAGGGAGGUGUUUAGAAUCGUGUUUUGUCAUACAUGAUAAAUGAAGCAUUUCAUUUUGAGAAAGGACCCAGAUGUUUUUUUUUUUAAUUAAACAAGAAAAAAACAUAAAAAGUCAUGUGGAAAAAUCACAUCGAAAACCUUUAUAGCAUGUUAAGUUUUAGGUCAAAAAUGUAUUUUGCAAAAAUAAUGAUUAGUU